AUGGGCGCUCUUAAUGAGAAGACGGGCGAUACCAUCGACGCUGUUACGCCGGUCGAUGCGAAUCCCCAGAGAGAAAGCUUCGAUGACAAGGUCUCUCUCGAUGAAGUUGCGAGGCAACUGAAUGCAACCCCCGAGGAAGUCCUCGAGGCUAGAGAGCACUCCCUGGCACUCUCUCUCGAAGAGACCAAAGAGUCCGCCGAGAGACUCGUCCAUCAACAUGGCCUCGAUCCCAAUUUCCCGGCCGGCGCCCUCGAGCGUCUCAAGGAGUUCCUCGCCAACGACGACAUCUUCGCCAACCCGGACGCCCAUACCCGCGAGAUCGGGGAGGCCAAGAUCGAGGUUUCCCUCCUGACGACCAACAGCCCCUACGCCGAGGUGCGCGCCGUCGUCGACGCCCACGACGACGUGACCCUCCCCGUCAGCACCAUCCGCUCCUGGACCAUCGGCCUCUUCUUCGUCGUCUUCAUCGCCUUCAUCAACCAGCUGUUCAGCGUGCGCCAGCCGUCCAUCACGCUCCGCGCCGAGGUUGUGCAGCUGCUGGCGUACCCCGUCGGAAAGGCGGCCGAGAGAUGGCUUCCCGAUGUUGGCUUUACGCUUUUUGGGGUCCGACACAGUCUCAACCCCGGGCCCUUCAACAAGAAGGAGCAUAUGCUGAUCUCGAUCAUGGCGAGUGUCGGGAAGACGCUUCCCAGUUCUAGAUACAUCAUCUUCACACAGUGGAUGGACCGGUAUUUCGGCCAGAAGUAUGCCAAGUCCUUCAGCUAUCAGAUCCUUCUGGCGCUUUCGACCAACCUGAUGGGUUUCGGUCUGGCUGGUCUCUGCAGACGGUUCCUGGUCUAUCCGUCCUUUUGUCUCUGGCCUGCCUCCCUCGUCACCAUCGCCCUGAACAGCUCCCUUCACAACGAGGUCAACCACCCGGUGCCCGGCCCUUUCAAGAAGAUCUACAGCAUGUCCAGAUACCGCCUCUUCCUAGCCGCGUUUGCCGCCAUGUUUGUCUGGUUCUGGUUCCCGGACUACAUCUUCGGGGCGCUCUCGCUGUUCAACUGGGUGGCCUGGAUUGCCCCCAACAACUUUACCCUCACCGCUCUCACCGGUGUCAAGAAGGGGCUCGGCUUCAACCCCUUACCCACCUUUGACUGGAACGUCGCGACGCACGUCGUCCAGCCCCUCGUCGUUCCGUUCCGUGUCACGCUCAACACCUUCGUCGGCGUCUUCCUGGGCGGUAUCACCAUCAUCGGGCUGUACUGGACCAACGCGUACAACACCGGCUACCUCCCCAUCAACUCCAACCUGAUGUACAAUCAUUUUGGAGGCUCGUACAAUGUCUCCAAGAUUCUCGACGGCCGAGGUUGGCUCGACGAGACCAAGUAUCAGGCCUACUCCCCCGUGUACCUGGCCGCCAGCAGCAUCACCAUGUACUACUACUUCUUUGCCGUCUAUGCGGCGACGGUUUCUUACGCCAUUCUCUUCCACCGGCACGACAUCGCGCUUGGGUUUCGUAGUCUGCUGCGCAGCUUCAAGAAGGAAGCGUCAACCGACUUCAAGGAUGUCCACACGAGGAUGAUGUCCAACUACCCGGAAGUUCCCGAAUGGUGGUAUCUUAUUCUCAACUUGGCUGCCAUUGCUUUUGGUGUUGCUGCUGUCGCCGCAUGGCCGACCGAGACGAGUGUCGGCGUUGUUUUCUUCGGUAUUGCCCUUGCACUGGUCUUCGUCAUCCCGACCGGCAUCAUCUUCGCGACCACCGGAAUGGAGGUUGAGUUCAACGUUCUCGCCGAAUUUAUCGGAGGUGCGUGGGAGCCCGGCAACGCCCUGGCCAUGAACUUUUUCAAGUGCUUCGGAUAUGUCACCACGGCUCAUGCCCUCGACUUCGCCAACGACCUCAAGCUGGCGCAUUACCUCAAGAUCCCCCAGCGCCACACCUUUGCCGCCCAGGUCGUGGCCGUCUUUGUCUCGGCGUUCGUGUGCACGGGGGUCAUGAACUUCCAGAUUGAGAACAUUCCGGACCUGUGCUCGACAAACCAGAAAGAUCGGUUCACCUGCCCCGGUGUGAACACCUACUUCACGGCUGCCGUGCUGUUCGGCAGUCUGGGUGCCCGCAAAGUCUUUGGCUCAGGCGGCAUCUACACGGCGCUUUUGUCAGCCUUCCCCGUCGGUUUCGCGGUGCCGUUCAUCUUCUACUUCUUCCAAAGGAAGUUCCCCCGCACCCACUGGUUCUCCAAGAUCCAUCCCGUCAUGAUCCUCAGCGGUGGCAUCAGCUGGUCUCCUUACAACAUCGCCUAUAUGUGGCCUGCUGUUCUUCCCGGAUGGGUGAGCAUGGUGUACCUCCGCCAGCGCUACCUCGCCUUCUGGUCCAAGUACAACUACGUGCUUUCGGCAGCCUUCUCUACGGCCAUCGCCAUUGCCGGCGUCAUAAUCUUUUUCGCCGUCAGCUAUCAUGGGUUCGAGAUCAACUGGUGGGGCAAUGUCUCGGAAAGCGGGUGCGAAGCCACGGCCUGCACACGUCUCGCGCUGCCCAAGGGCGAGUACUUCGGACCGCGCAUUGGUACCUAUGCGGCAUAG